UCUACGACUCAAGAAACAAAACAAUUUGAGUAGCGAAGUAAUUCACAUCAUAAUUCAUUCAAAAAAGUAAUUCGCAAUCUCAAUUCACCAAUCUCACUGCCGAACUCUUUAUUUUCUAUAUUUUAUUUUCCAGCCCGACACUCACUCACUCUCUCUUCCGUCUUCCUCAGCUUUUUCGCCAUCUUCCUCCAAACCUUGUCCUUCUCCAUAUUCCAUUUUAUUAAUGAUUAGCAAGGCCUACAGGGAAAUUUAAUUCCAAAGGAGAUAUCCAUUCAUUCACCCUCUUUUUCAAAUUUCAAUUCAAUUAAAAGUCUAUUCACCAUACAAUACGAAUUGAAUCAAAUCAAGCCUUCCCUGUCAAUUCUGCGACAAACACUAUUGUUCCCAAUAAAUCGAACCUCCACGAUGGUUUCUUCAAUCCGACCACGAACUCCUGGAACGUCACCAUCACAUGGCGCCGAGAGAUUAGCAGGAAUUCCAGAGAACGGAAAGCAUAAUAAUAACGCCAACCCCCCUCGUCGCACCAGUCUUGGUGGUUUAUUACUUCGUCGGUCCAAGUCCGGAAAUUUAAACUCCAAGCAUAAGAAGGAUCUUGCUCAAUUGCAAGAGCAAGAGCGUGAAAGACUCCUUCGCGAAGCAGCUGCGAUCCCCAGAUCCCCACCUCGUCUUCCCGACCUUGCUGUCCCUACACACUUUCCCUCGUUCGGUGGUGAAGAUAGACCGGGUUCGGCGACGUCUGGAAAUAGUGGUCAAGGUGCGAGAAGUGCUUCAAUGGAUCCUCAAUCCAGAUCUUACACAAUGAGUAGCACACUCAGUGUGCCAGUGCCUCCCGUUCCUUCGGGUGCGCGGAAUGGCGGUUGGGUUGAUCCUUAUGCUAGAUCAGAGAGUAUGACACAUCGUGGAAGAUACAGCUAUGCAAGCAGUGCCGUGAGCACAAUUAAUAGUCCUCGCAGAGUGCGAAGACGCAAAGAUCCUACUCCAUUCAACGUUCUCAUCAUCGGCGCACGCGGUGCAGGCAAGACAUCUUUCCUUAAUUUUCUCAAAACCUCCCUCGCUAUGCCUCCCAAGAAGAGAUCGAAGCCCGAACCAUUGGCCGAAGAUAUAUUUGCUCCACGUACCCCCAAGUCGGGAAAAUUCGUCUCGCAUUAUAUCGAAUCGGAAAUCGAGGGUGAGCGAAUCGGUGUAACCUUGUGGGAUUCAGAAGGCUUGGAUAAAAAUGUCGUGGAUCUUCAACUUCGAGACAUGUCUUCAUUUCUCGAAAGCAAAUUCGAAGAAACUUUCACGGAAGAAAUGAAGGUUAUGAGAGCUCCAGGUGUGCAAGAUACACACAUCCAUGCUGUAUUCCUCAUUCUCGACCCCACACGCCUGGACCAAAAUAUUGAAGAUUCAAAGAAUGUCAUCUCAAAUGGAAAUGGACAUUUUGGAGUAUUUGGUACAGGCCCUCGUUUGUUUGGUAGUCUGGAUGAAGAUCUUGAUUUACAAGUCCUUCGUACAUUGCAAGGAAAAACUACUGUGAUUCCGGUCAUCUCAAAAGCCGACACUAUUACAACGGCCCACAUGACGUAUUUGAAGAAGACGGUUUGGGAUAGUCUGCGUAAGGCUAAUCUCGACCCACUUGAAGCACUCGGACUAGACGAUGAACCCGAAAGCCCAAUUAUCGGCCACAGUCAAAGCCGCCUCGAUGAAAGAGAUGAAUAUGCUACUUCUGAGAAUGGUUCAGCUUCUUCGGGUGGUUCUCCCAAUUCCAAGCGUCUUUCCUCGGGCUCCAUUCGUCGCCAUAAACGUGAAUCGGAAAUCAGCGAGAUUCCUUAUUUACCUCUCUCAAUCAUCAGCCCUGAUUUGUAUGAACCCGAUGUUAUUGGCCGUAAAUUCCCAUGGGGUUUUGCGGAUCCGAUGAAUGUUGAACAUUGUGAUUUUGUACGUUUGAAGGAAGCAAUAUUUGCAGAGUGGAGAGGUGAAUUGAGGGAGGCGAGUAGGGAACUUUGGUAUGAGGGAUGGAGAACUAGUCGCCUCAAGGAAAGGGAGGGUCUGGCGAGACGCUGAUUUUCUGGAGGGGUUAUUUGAGACAUAUGUCUUACCUUUGGGUGGUGAACAAACAUAUCUUGAUACAAUCACUUCACAAUCGCUUUAUGUUUGCGGAGUAUGGGAAGCAGCACCAAUUUUACAAUCUCCGGUCAGAAAGGACACAACAAAACUGAUUAUUUGAUCUUCUUCCACCACUUUACCACUUCGAUAUUCGGUUUCGAACACAAUCAAUCAUUGUGUGGCAUGUUUCAGACAUAGCUUUAUUUCCUUACACCUUUUACAACAAGUUUUCACGAAUCAGGGCUUUUUUCUUUUUAUGUUCAAGUACUUUACUCUAUUGUCGGAUUGGCAGGCAUGGAUGGAAUGGAAUGGAAUGGAUGCAUACCCCCCUUUUUUACAUUUCGACUUCUUACUUUUUUUUCUCUCUUUUACGCGUGGGCUUACAGCUACUACUUUUCAUUGCAUUUGCGAUGAUGUGGUAGCUGUGAAGUGCAGUUUAUGAGGUGUUUCUCUUUACGCAGCUGGGUUUGU